AGUCCUGACUGUUGCUCAAUCCAAGAGCACAGUUCCUGUGGGCUGCGCCUGACUGGCUUGGCCCUCUCUUUUCUGCACUUCGAGGGAAAGAAGAGAUCUUGCACAAGGGACUUCCCCUCGUCUGUCCGUCUGUCCGUCCUCUCCGGCUGGCUGAGGAAGGGCGCCAUGGGGCCUCUCCACCUGUUUCUCCUGCUGCUGAUCACAGAGUCUUCCCAAGCCCUCAACACAACAGUGCUUCAGGGUGUGGCUGGCCAGUCGCUGCGGGUGUCAUGUACUUAUGACUCCUUGAAGUAUUGGGGAAGACGAAAGGCCUGGUGUCGCCAGCUGGCUGAGGAGGGCCCUUGCCAGCGUGUGGUGAGCACACACAAUGUGUGGCUGUUGGCCUUCCUGAGGAAACGGAACGGGAGCACGGUCAUCACGGAUGACACCCUGGCUGGAACCCUCACCAUCACUCUGCGAAACCUCCAAGCCAGUGACGCGGGCCUCUACCAGUGUCAGAGCCUCCGAGGCCAAGAGGCUGAUGUCCUUCAGAAAGUCCUGGUGGAGGUUCUGGCAGACCCUCUAGAUGACCAAGAUGUUGGAGAUCUAUGGGUCCCCGAGGAAUCAGAGAGUUUUGAGAGAGCUCAAGUGGAACACAGCACCUCUAGGAGCCAAUCAGGAGACAUCUCCUUCCCACCCACUUCCAUCCUCCUCUUCCUCCUGGCCUGUGUCCUCUUCAGCAAGCUUCUUACAGCCGGCAUCCUCUGGGCUGUGGUCAGGGGUAGGCAGAAGCUGGGGUCACCUGUGGCCAAUGGGCUGAACUGCGGCCAUGAUGCUGGGCACCAGCUUCAGAUCCUGACUGGACCCAGAGAUGCUUGAGAGAACUCCACGCUGGAGAAGCCCAGAUGAAUCCACCCACAGUCAUCCAGCUUGCAUACUCUCUCCUCUGCCACCAAGACUUCUGCUGCUGCUACUCUGGCUUCAGAGGCCACUUCUGCCUAAAGUGUGCCUCUCCUGGAAGCAAUUACAUGUGUGUAUGUGUGCACUGAGUGUGGAAGAGAGCUGGGAGGUCACCUGUCAACUUCUGGGCUGUGGGCAUUAAACCCUCUCACACACUAA